AUGAAGCCAAAGGUCGCCUCCCGGGGUCUUUCGGAAGAGCCAGGGUCGUCGGGAGCACUUCUAAGAGUAGAUUUUGUCCCGCAGAUGAAAGUCGUGCUGUUGGUCGUGGCGUGUCUACUGGUCGUGGUGGCCUUCGGAGUCGCGGCCGAGGAUGUGACCGCGGACGACCAGUCUCCCCCGAAAGACCCGCCCCCCCCAAACGACCUGUUCCCCCCGAAGGACCUGUCCCCCUCGGAGGAGCACGAGUCCUUCGACGACGAAAGCGGCCGAGGAGAAAGGAUCUUCGCGUACUACACCUCGACGACCACGACCCGCCUCACGACCUCCACCCUGACGGCGCUCUCCACCUGCCUCUCUAUCCUCGGCACCGCCACAGCUUGCAGGAGGAGGAAGAGGAGGGCGGGCAGACUGGAGUCCAUCGAGGACGAGGACAUCGCGGCCUUAGAGCUCGAGGGGAGCGUCAAGUCGGUUGAGAGCUUGGAAGAGCUUUCCCAGCAGCAGCGGGACUUCUUCCAGAGGGACGACCGCAAGUUCACCAUCUGGACGACCGGCUUCACGACCCUCACUCUCACGACGACCUCCUACAUCGCCGGGACGACCGUCACUGCCACGGCUUACUGCAUCACUCCUGGUCUCACGGCGGGCUGCUUCGGGAAGUAGGGAGGAUGGGACGACCUGGUGGCGUGUCGAUCUGACCGCUCGGGCGCAGGACGACUCUCUUUUGAAGUCGUAGUGUCCUGCCGGUUCACAGGGUCAGAUUGGAUACACUGACGGGUCGUUUUGGCCUAACCCCAAAACGACUAAGAAUACGACCUUCUCCUCACUUGUUUUUUUACCGCUGGUCACGGUGACGGGCUGGAAACGACCCCCCCGAUACGACUUUGUCUCCAGGAGCUGUAGAAUGAAGGAGGACUCUCAAAACGACCUCUCGUGGAAGGUCGUCCAGUCCAUCACAGUGCUAAGCGGGACAACCCACCAGUAUUUCCUGAUGCUCUGUCAAUGUUAUGCUGUUGUUAGAUAUCAAUUAUAUCUACAUAUAUAUAUUUGGACUCUCCGCCGCCGCUUUUACAUCACUUAAUAAACUUAUUUAAGGAUCAUUAUAAAUUUUUUACUUGAUUUUAAGUUCGUGCUCGCUGAUAGUAUUUUUUUUUUCUGGCAUAUACAAUAUCAAUAAAUAAAAGAAGAAUUGAUAAACCAUGAUAAUAAUAAUUAAUGAAACGCAUUGGGUUUCUACAAGACAAGAACCAAAAUGAUAAUAUAGUUUUCAUAAAACGUUAACAGUUUAUGAAAACAGUAAAUAAAUAGGAAAAUAAACAUGAAUAUUAAAUCAGAAAAAAAAACAUAAUGAAUGAAAAUAUAAGUAAUAAAGCAUUUUGCUCAAA